UUCCCGUUGCGUUCAGAUGUUUAUAUUGAAAUUCACUGACCCUCAAUAACAGAACCUGGGCCAGUUAUAUGAAGGAUAAAUGUUUUUUUUAAAUUCCCCUGACACACACACACACACACUUUUUUUAAAGUGGUGAAUCCCCUUGAAAACUUUGAUUAAAUGUUAAAUUAAAUUGAGUCUACUGGUCACUUUUUUUGAUAAACAUGAACAAUGCUGUCCGCUAUCGAAUUAAUAUCGGCAAGAAUGAACGUUAUGUCUCAAAACAACUCGUGUUAUUGAUCGCUUGCUAUCGGUCUGAGAAAAAAAGUGGUAUUGAGCUAACGUGCAAAACUCUUUCAUUCAUUUUCCCUCGCAACUUAAUGUGUCCAUCACUACCAUGGUGUCAUCAGAAUUCAAUUUAAAUGUGCGUAGCACAAUUCAAACACCGUCCAAGCAGCUUCAGCUCGUUCUCUACUUUUAUUCCACACUAUUAUUCUGCGUACCUCGAUGGCAUGCUUGCACACACUUUCACGCGACGAUUCCGCCAAGUUCACGCUUGAUUUUACUUUGAGCUACGGGUCGCAAGCGAAGGCGUCUUCCUGUUCGCCACUAGCGAACUAAUGUCAAUAAACUGAGAAGCAUCAAGGCACAACGAGACGAGUUUAUCCAAUCAAGAAUGGUUUUCAAUAAAUGUUUAAACCCAGUAAAGAAGUGGUGGGUGUACAAAGUGAAGGCUUCAGCGCGUUCUGUAUUGAAUUGGGAAGAAUUAUUGAACGGAAGUGAAGCUUUUCUACUUCUUUCACAUUUCCGGAAGUGUAAACGCCACACUUGCCACAUUACUGCCCUCUUCAGAUAUUCUGCUUAAAUUACAACCUAAGGAGGAAGACAAAAAAAAACAACUCGCCUCCGUGACAUCAUGGUUGUCGAUUAAGUGUUGAAGGCACCGCAGCCUCCACACAGGACGUCGAUCAGUACUUUAAAAGACUACAACAUCACAUCACUGAGUCAUUUUAUGCGGAUAAACUCGUUUCGGAGCGCGUCGCUGCUCACCGGCCUUGUUUAUCUUAGCUCGCUAGCGGCUAACACAGAGAAGCACAUAGCCUCGUCAAGCAGAUAUCAAGUGCGGAAGUGUUGAGAUCGUCGUGCGAAAAUGUGUGCAGGGGCGACACUCGAGUACAAGGCGCAACUUUGUGGAAUAAAAGAACAGAACGAGCAACAUCUUGAAGCGCAGGGCGAUUUUUGCAAGCUGCCGCGCGUUGUGCUACGCAGAGCAGACGUCAGUGAAAAAUAUCUUCGUCCCGAGCAACGUGGGGCAGAGUCUUUACGUAUUAAAAACGAGGAGGAGGAAAAGCCCCUUCACAUCAAAAAGGAGGAAGAGGGGGAGGAUAUAAGCAAGUCAACAUUGACCUUCGUCCCUUUAAAGAGUGAAGGUGAAGACAUGGGUGCUGAGCUUCCAAGCGGCAGCUCAAGUCAACGCACGACAACAGAAGACAUCAGUGAAAAAUAUCUUUGCCCCGAGCAACCGCAGGCAGAGUCUUUUAGGAUUAAAAAUGAGGCGGAGGAAAAGCCCCUUCACAUCAAAAAGGAGGAGGAGGAGGAUGGCAGCAAGAUGGCACUGACCUUUGUCCCUUUAAAGAGUGAAAAGGAAGACAAGGGUGAGCGUGAGGAGGCCAGAGGGGCGGAGCUUCCAAGCAGUAGCUCAAAUCAACACAUAACAAUAGAAGAUUAUGGAGACCACUGUGAACCAUCGCCAGCAUAUCGGGAUGACACAUCAUCACAGUCUCCUGACACUGACGACGAUGAUGAUUAUGAUGAUGAUGAUGAAGAGACUCAAGGUGACGGGGCAUAUCACACUGACGACAAAUGCUGGGAAUGUUCUCGGUGUGGGAAAACAUUUCAGUCAAAGUGGUCUUUAAAAAGGCACACAAGAACACACACUGGGGAAAAACCUUUUGACUGCUCAGUUUGUGGUAAAACCUUCUCUGAGAAGUCGAGUUUAACAAAACACACAAGAACACACAGUGGUGAAAAACCGUUUUCCUGCUCAGUUUGUUGCAAGAGCUUCUCUCACAAGUCACAUUUAACAAGCCACACAAGAAUCCACACUGGGGAAAAACCUUUUUCCUGCUCGGUGUGUGGUAAACGCUUCCUAGAAAAGUCCCAUUUAACAAUGCACACAAGAACACACACUGGAGAAAAACCUUUUGCCUGCUCAGUUUGUGGUAAAAGUUUCUCUCAAAAGUCAAAUUUAACGAGCCACACUCGAACACACAGUGGAGAAAAAACUUUUUCCUGCUCAGUUUGUGGUAAAAGCUUCCUAGAAAAGUCACAUUUAACAAUGCACACGAGAACACACACUGGGGAAAAACCUUUUGCCUGCUCAGUUUGUGGUAAGAGCUUCUCUCAAAAGUCACAGUUAGCAAGCCACACAAUAAUACACAGUGGAGAAAAACCUUUUGCCUGCCCGGUUUGCCGCAAAAGCUUUGCUCAGAAGUCAGGUUUAGCACAACACGCAAGAACCCACAGUGGAGAAAAACCCUUUUCCUGCUCCAUUGUGGUCAUCGCAUCGCAGAAAAGUCAAAGUUGAGGAAUCAUACGAGAACCCGAGAUGGAGAAAAAUGCUUUUGCCUGCUUAAUUUGCUCCAAAAGCUUCUCUCAAAAGUCAAAUUCAACAAGGCACGCAAGAAAAAGGGGCUUUGUAAUAAGAUGCAAAAG